GGAUCUUUCUCACCUCCCCGCCGCUUUCCGGACGCAUCGGUGAAUGCUGUGUGAAGCACAGGAAGCCGACUGGAAAGGAUUCUCAGCGAAACGAGGCGAUCGAGAGGUCUCUCUGCGCAGCGGAGAAAAGAGAAAGGGGGAUGCUGACCAGCAUCUUGGUGCCGCAUCUGCCACCGCCGCCACCUGCCUUCUUGGCGCGCGCUCCCAUCCCCUCUCCAUCUCUCGCCACAUCCCCUCAUACUAUCCAUCACGCGUGCACAAGGCGGCGGCUCCGCUCUCCCUUUGUCCGUCAGCGGCACCCAUCUCGGCUUGAUGCGGUGUCGGGCCCUGUGCUGCUGCCGCCAAACUUCUGGCUGCUGGAGCUGAUUGGUCUGUUGGUGCCUUUCAUCGUGGCUGUGCUGCCCGCGCUGGAGUACGAGAUCAGGACGGGUUUGUUUCCCGUGCAGAAGGACUUUGGUGUGGACUUCUCGCGGCAAGAGGUCAAGGAGGUGACGCUGAGUGAGCUGUCGGACAUUAUAGAGAUCAGCAAGAAGGAAGACAAAGGUGAGCAGGGACCCAUUCGCAACGGCCACAUGCACACCAUGGAUGGCCUGUGUGUCCUCUGUGUGUGUGCGUGAAUGAAUGUCUGCAGAUCGUGUGGGCAGCUCUUUCCUGCGGCUGCUGUACAUCUCUUCUUAUUUCUGGUUCUUCUGGAUAAGGACGAUCUUCCCCUUCGGCAACGACCACAAGCUCCUGUGUGUCGUCGCCCCGGCAGUCGACCCCCCGCCUAACCAAUCCACCGCAGACGAUACCUCCACAAAAGAAAAGACCACUGACAACAGCUACUGGUUCGGCCGUGCGUCAUCCGAGCGGCCCGUUGCGAGAAAGGCAGCCGGCGAGGCGGCAGCCGAGGAUGAGCAGCAGCAGCCAGUGAGCGCAGCCGUGGCCACCGAUCAACUGACCAGCGAUCGGGCGCUCUCUCUCGCGUUGCCCUUCCCCGCCCCCCUUCCCUCCCACUUGGCCUCGCUGCUGCGGCAGGGCGGCGUCAUGUCCUCCCUCAGCCCAUCGUCUCGAAGGCGGCUGAAGCUCGACCAAGACGGCAGGCGUGUCGACACAAGCCGGCGGAAAAAGGACAAGGAAGGCCCUGCGGACAGGGAGGCGGCGAUUAAGGAGCGGCAUCGGGUGUUGGGUUUUGCUGAGCUGCUGAUGCAUCCCUUUUCUGGCCGGAUGCCCGACUGGGUGCCCGUGCCGAUGGUCCUGAAGCAGGCGCGGUUCGUCAUGUCCUCGGCCCUCGCCGUCCUGCUGCCCUUCGUCUCGCAGCCGGAGCCCCUCCACCCCUACAUCUGCAACCUGCUGGUGCGUCCUGAGUGCCGCAGGAAGGGCGUCGGCUCGCGGCUCGUCAAGGGAUGCGAGAAGAUGGCCGCGGCAUUCGGCAGCAACAGCACCACUACUACCAGCACCACCACCAGCAGUGGUGAUGGUGAUUGUGCGCUGUCGCGUGUUGGUGUUCGUAACGACGUGAUAGGUUUGCAUGCGGAGGAAGACAACGAGAGUGCCAUCCAGCUGUACCUGAAGCUGCGGUACCGCAUUGUGGAGAAGGUCGAGUGGAAGGAGAGCAAACUCAAGGUCGUCUACAUGAUGAAGGACCUCUGAGGGUGUGUAUAAUGGGACGGACCCGCGACACCCACGUGUGACACACAGACAGAGGCAGAUUAAGUGAGGUGGUGAGCGUGUUUGUGUGUGUAAG